UUUUUUUUUCUUAAUUUUUUUCCUCCUUUGUGUACCCUGUGGGAUCCUCUUGGCAGGUCUUGAGGGCUUUGCCAGCUGUUGCUCAGCUCCUGGCAGAGUUUGUGUCUCUGCUUGUGAGAGGUGGGCAGCACAUCCUCAGAGGUGCUGAGACACCUGUUCUGUGCAAAGGGGGUUUAAAAGCUGUUCUGUGUGAGGCACCUCUCAGACCUAUCCCAGUGAGAUUCUCAGGCACCCUUGAAAUCUUCUUUCCCAGCCAUCAGUGCUCAGGGAAUUGCAUUUGCCAGUUAUGUUUGAGGGGAAUGAGGGUGGAAAUAAAUCCACCUCUCAGGUUUCUGUGGUUGAAAUGACCCCUGAGGUAUCAGAAAGUCUUUUUUCCCAGCCUGGCAACUGAAGAAGGAGUUGAGAUUCCUCAGUUCUGCUUGUCAAGGUUGUUUAUUUUGUCUUACCUAUUACAUUCCUUCUCUGACCUGCUGCGAUCUGUCCAGCAGGUCAGGUUGUGGCACAGCCACUGCCAUUAGGGUGGUGUUAACUUUUUAUAUGAAGAACUGCAUGUACUUUAUUUAUAAUAAUUAUCCAAUACCUGUCACCUAUGUUAGUCUGUCUCUACAGCAAUCCAAAAGUGCCACCAUCACAGCAGAAGAUGGAGGACAAGAAGGAGGACAGGACACAGAUUCCUCCAUCUUGCUUCUUGAACCCCCAUUCUAAGCCCCCAAAAUUCUACUUUUUCACCCUGUGAUAAAUUGACCAUUAUUCUACUCAAACUCUUGUGGCUUGUAAAUCUUCACACAAGGUUGGUAGUUUUUUCCAUGGACUAAAAUUGAAGGCACAGGUGUUUUUGACUCUGUGCCAGGGUCUGAGCCCCUUGCCAGGGUCUGGAGUCAUCCAGGGCAGCCAGAGCAAUGUCCUGGGUUCCAGCAUCCACCCACUGUGAUGAUUUUACAGGGCAGUUGUGAGCAGUGUUAGUGUUGGUGUUUUCUUGCUGACUCCUUUUUUUUCUGAGUAAGUUGUGUCAGCAGCUUCCUCCAAACCUGAGGAGCUUCCGCAGCUCUGCUGCUGUGCCAGUUCUUGGAGCUGAGCAGCUGUCACUCAGCCACUGCCAUUGCAGAGGGGAUAGAAGGAACCAAAGAAUUUGGGAUCUGACAGGGGAAAAGUGCCCCCUUCUGCUCUGGAGUGCUUGUUGGAAACCAGGGUGGUCCAGGGCAGGGAUGGCUGUGCUCCAGCCAGGGCACUGCUACAGAAUUUUAAUCCAGAGAUGUGAGAGCUGUAGUAGAGGAGACAGAAUUUCUCUCUUGAUUUUGGAACAUUUCCUUCUGGCCCACCCAAAGACUGGGCUCUGCAUCUGUAGUAUUGGUUGCUGAAUGACACUCCCACAUGAUGCCUGUAUUUGUGUGUGUGCAUAUAUAUAUAUAUAUAUUUAUAUAUGUAUCUUGUAUAUAUAUUUAUAUAUGUAGCUGGAUGGCCUGGGAGCUGGUCAUGACAGAGCUGCUGUGUUAUGAUAUGCAGUUGGAUGCUCCCUCCAAAAUUUCUCCAAAUAACUGGACCUUCGUGUAUUUUCAGUCACACAGAUCUUGUACCUUAACUGUACACCUGCAGCAAAGUCUUGGUCACAGCAGCUGCCAGCUGAGCAAACACUUGCUGACUCUACAUUUGUCUCACACCCCUGGAAUUACACCCCACAGCCUGGAGUUUGCACUUUGCUUCUUAGCUGCAUCCAUCAUAUCAAUCUCCUAGAGCCCAGCUUUGUCACUUUGAACAGCCAGCAAUUGCUUCCAUGCAGUUCUUGGGGGAAAAAAAGCCAGUCCUGGCCUUCCCCUCCCUCGUGCAGCCUGUAAACUGCACCACAUGCAGGAACUUUGCUCUUUCUGUGUGCUCUCACAUUCUGUCACAGAAUCUAUGUCCAAAAUUAAGAAAAGUCCAGCAGCUGCUCCCUCAGAGAAGGUCCUGGAAGAAAGAACCAAUGUAGGACUGUACCUUUCUUUUGUAACCUCUAAACUGCACUGAGGUGAUUCACUUUCUUCAGCAUCCAAACCUGAAGCCCUCCCCUACUUGCUCCCACUAAAGGUGCCAGGACAAAAAUGACGUUGGCUUUUAGAUUUCCACUGUCACCAUUCAGAACUUCACCCUGUAUCCCUGUGCACUUUCUAGACAAUUCAAUGUCCUGUGGUACUGUCUCAGAAACCCAGAGGGCAGAUCUGAAACUAAAAGUGUCCGGACCCUACUGGCAAAAUGUGCCAGGACAAAAAGAAAUACAUUUAUUUUGAAGGCAAGCAGCUCUCCCUGGUGUUCCUGGUGCACAUAAGAGGCUCCCCAGGGGAGGUGAAGGCCAGCACCUGCUUUCUUUCAUGGCAUUUCCAGUGUGGGAGCAAUCCCCUCCCAGGAGCCCUGCACUGACAUUUGAGUGCUGCCUCCAGUGUUGAAAACAUCCACCAGGGACUGCUCUAACACAGACGUUCUCUCCAAGGAGCUGCUGCUGCUUUGUGCCUCCCCGGACAGCACCUCCUGCACCACCAGCCAUGGGGUGAGGUGCUGUCCUCAGCAGGUAAAGGCACCCUCAUCCUCUUUCUGGAGCUCACCUCCCGUAUUUGGAUACCAGCUCCAAAACUGUGUGUGUCCAGGGAUCUCUUUCAGAGAAGCCUUUCCAGAACAGAAAGCUCAGGGGUUUAUACCUCCCUUGGGAACUCUGUAAUGUCAUCCUUUUCUUUCAAGUGGCCAGCAGCUGACUAGGACAAGGAUGAAUUUAUUACCACUUUAUUUAAAUUGACAAUGAUUAGAUGAAAAUGUGAAAAGAGAAAAAUGCACAAUGGCAAAACUCUAAUCUGGUCAGAGUUAUUGACUACACAAGCUGCUGAUACAGUGCUCUAUUUAUUGCACCAAUAACAUAGCCAGUUUAAUAAUUAUCAAAUAGAGAUUGAUGUUACCCCUGUCACUGAUCAUGGGCAAGCCUCUCACUCAGCCUCCAGAGCUGUCCCUGAGGGCUGUUCCCACCCAAGGGAAGGAUCUUCUUGCAUCUCAAGGAGAUAUGCUGGGGAAACUGGGACUGGUCUUUUGUAGUAUGAAGAGGUUGAUUGUCCUGCAACUUCUAGAUUCUGUGUUGUCCUCAGCAGAACGUGUUUGAGUCAGGUGUUACCAGCUCUUUGGUUUCUGUUCAAAGCUUCCAUCUCUCACUUCCCUACCAGGCUCUUCCACAUUCCUGUUGAUGCCCACCUCAGUCAGGAGGGGCCUAAUUUAAGAGAGUUUGGUCAAGCUGGUCUCAGCAUCCUUCACCUCUGAACACAGUGUUCUACUAAACCCCCUGGUUUUUAAUCCAUCACCAAAAAUUUGUAAAUAGGAUAAAGAAGGGGUUCUUUGAAGAUGUCCCAGCCCUUCCAAAUGGCACAGCUCCAGUGCCCCUGCCCCUCAUAAUGUACUUGCUUGUUCCUCACAGCAGUCCUGUGGUCCCAGGAACAGGAGAGCUUCAUCUCCAUCCCUUACAGAGACAGUGAGACCCCUCUGGAGCUCUGUCUGUGUCUCCAGCUCCAAUGCCUACAUUCCCACUGCUUCCAGCUCUCCCUCUUUGCUGACUGGUUUUUAGGUCUGCCUCAUAUCCAAGGUUUCAUCCAUUAUGUGUAGUUCUGUCACCUUAGGGCAAAUGGAAUCUCUCUGGAGAAGUGGGAAAUCAGGUGGAUGCAGCAAAAACACUCUCCCACCUUUGAAGAAGUCAUGAAGGUCAGCAUGGACUCUGCAUUUAAGUGAGAAAAGGCCCCCAGAAGAAAAAGAAGGAUGGCAUUAUCUACUUAGAUGUUUUUGCUUCAAUUGACUGGAAAUAACAGAGCUCAAGGUCUGGGUAAGAGGCAUCCAUCCCACCCCUUCACUGCCCCACCAGCUCUGACAUAUAACCCUGCCCCUCACUUACUCUGCUUAUUAAAAGCAUUUCCCCAGUUUUUCUGACAUUGCAGGCUCCUCCACUCAUCUGCCUCACUGCUUUCUCCAAGGGACAGGUUUUACCCUGCCUUCUUUUCUCAAAGUCCUUUCUCUGCACUUUUUGGCCUCAGCUUCUGGAGUUCUUUAGUUUUUGCUGUGUCCCCAAGUGUGUUUAAGAGGAGUAAAUAAAUGUUCCUUAUGAAGAAGAAGGGGAAUGACUUGCUCCCGUGGACUACAGACAAAAAGGUAAAAUUUAAGAAGUGAAACUGCCUGGGAAGUCUCGUCAUUUUAGGUCAUUCGUGUUACCUUGGCAUUUCCAAUCUCCUUCAGAGAUGGAGGUGGUUUGCCCUGCAGUUUGAUUGCCCUCAUCUCUGGAUAUCUGUGGAAUAUUUGUAGGCCCACUGUUUGUCCCCUGUCUCAGCCUGGUCUGCCUUGGCCACCAGCCGCCCUCGUGUCCUCUGCUGUGACCACCUCAGCCACCACUGUGGCUGGUUCACUGUGCAAAUCUAAGGGGAUGCAAGGCUGUGCAGGUGGAUGGGCACAGGUGUCCCCUGCUGCCCUCAGCUGUCACCCAGUGCCACUGGGCCCUGCCCAGGAACCUGCCUGGCAGCUCGGGUGCGGGGACAGCCGAACUCUGCUGCCAGUGCCCCGGGGCUGCCCCUGCAUCUCCCGAACAGCUCCCAUGUGACUCCAGGUCACAGGGUUUGGCCACACCUGUGCCACUCACAGCUGUCUUCAUCUGUCAGCAGGAAGGAAAGGAACCAGGGCAGGAAGGGGAGGAAAGAGGAAGAAACGAGAGCAGGAAGGGCAGGAAAGCAGGGAGAGAGAGAGGGAGAGGUGAGGAGGCUGCAUUCAGCGGUGAGGAGCAGAGUGGCCGAUAAGCACCGCGCCAGAGGCUUCCGAUGUCUUCCUCAACUUCCACCAGCACUUUGCCCAGCGGCCUGGCCGUCCUGACGACCUUCCCAGAUGUGCUCUUCAUCCCUGAAAUCAUCUUUGGGGGCCUUGUGUGGAUCCUGGUGGCAUCCUCGAAGGUCCCAGCCCCCAUGCUGCAGGGCUGGGUGAUGUUUGUCUCCGUGUUCUGCUUCGUCAUGUCCAUCUCCCUCCUGUGCCUCUACUUCUGUGGCGCUCACGGUGGCGGCGGCAGCUGCUGGGUCACCUUGGAUGCCAUCUGCCACAGCACGGCAGCGCUGUUCUACCUCAGCGCCGCGGUGCUGGAAGCCUACACGACCUAUGCGCUUGGCCUCUCCUCCAUACUCCUGGCACAGGAGUACAGGGAGAACAUUGCUGCUGUGGUAUUUGCAUUCGUGGCCACCCUGCUGUAUGUGAUCCACAAGGUGUUCUCGCUCCUGCGGUGGAAAUCGUCCUGAGGGCCUGAACAGCCCCAGCAACAACGGCUGCCCUCUCCAGGCUGGGUUUGGGGUUUGUUUUCUAAUGUAUAGCCUAGAAACAAGUAGCUUUUUAUGUGGGAUCUUGGUGAUGAAGACAAGGAGCUUGCCAGAGAAAGGAAUAUCUUGGCACAAUCUGUUUCCCUUCAAUAACUUCCAGGCUGGGUACAGUUUGAUGCUGGGGCCAAAAUAAAAAAAAAAAAGCCAUAAAACUAUACUGUUUUAAAAAAACAGUAUAGUUGGGUUCAAAGGGCUGAAAUAUCCCUGGACUUCACCUUUAUGUAUCCAGAGUUGUUACUGGUAUCAGGGGAAAAGGGAACAACAAACACCAAGGAGUACAAGUGUGAAACUGUGUCAUUUUAAUUGCUGUGUCCCCAUUUAAAUGUGUUUCCCCCCCUAAAACCACUGUGCAAAUUAAUAUUUUCAAUCAGUUUCUGAAAAUGCCUUCUCUGACUUGCAAUGAACAAUGGGGACAAUAUUUAACUCAGCUCAGGAGCAAUGUGGAUCACUGUAGCUCCUGAAGGGUGCUGCUGAAUUCUGAGGUACGACUGUAAGGCCAGGAAUUAUCACUGCCCUUGAUCCCAGCCCUACAAAGCACAACCUGGAAGGGGCCCAGUGGGCUGUAGGAGAAUUCUCUGGGUGGUCAGAAUCAAAUCCUCAGUAAGCAAUCAACUCCUGCAUUUGGUGAAUGCUACUCUCUCACACUGCCAUGGUGUCACUAAUAAAGAUGGGUUUGCUGUGA